AUAUAAAAGUUAAAAGAAGUUGAAAGGACUACUAAAAUCUUAACCCAAAGAUAGUCAAGGAGAAAAUAGCCAACUACAAUCCUCUCUUCUACAAUCUACUACUUCUAUACAUUCUUGGUUCAUCCUCUUGUAUCUGAUUUGGGUGAGUCUUUCCAAAUUCAGAUCAGCAUACAAUUGGGUUAUCUUCAUUUGCCUAGAUUUGUUUGUUAUUGGGUUUCCUCAUUCAUAAUUCAUAUGCAACACUAUCUUCUUCAUAGCCAUGUCGAUACCAAGGGAGCCAGAACAAGUGAUGAAGUUGAGAGGAGGAUCUGUUCUUGGGAAAAAGACUAUUUUGAAAAGUGACCAUUUUCCUGGUUGCCAUAACAAACGCCUUUCUCCCCACAUUGAUGGUGCUCCUAAUUAUCGUCAGGCGGAUUCCUUGCAUGUUCACGGGGUAGCUAUUCCUACGAUCGAUGGAAUCAGGAAUGUUCUUAAACACAUUGGAGCACGAGCUGACAAAAAGCGAACUCAUGUGUUGUGGAUAAAUCUCCGCGAGGAACCAGUGGUGUACAUUAAUGGCCGACCCUUUGUUUUGCGUGAUGUUGAAAAGCCUUUCUCCAAUCUUGAGUAUACGGGAAUUAACAGGGAUAGAGUGGAGGAUAUGGAAUCUCGAUUGAAGGAAGAUAUCUUAGUGGAAGCUGCAAGGUACGGAAAUAAGAUCCUAGUCACUGACGAACUGCCAGAUGGACAAAUGGUGGAUCAGUGGGAGCCAGUGACUUGUGAUUUUGUAAAGACACCACUUGAGGUUUAUGAGGAGUUAAAAUUAGAAGGUUUUCUUGUUGACUAUGAACGCGUUCCUGUCACUGAUGAGAAAUCGCCAAAAGAAUCAGAUUUUGAUAUUCUGGUAAAUAAAAUUUCUCUGGUGGACCUUAAUACCGAGGUAAUUUUUAAUUGUCAAAUGGGACGCGGGCGCACUACAACAGGAAUGGUGAUUGCUACCUUGUUUUAUCUCAACCGAAUUGGUGCCUCUGGCAUACCAAGGAUUGAUUCUAUUGGAAGAGUUUCUGAUCUGAAUUGCGGUGCUGAAAAUUUGCUUAGUUCAGAGGAAGCGAUUCGUAGAGGAGAGUACACUGUCAUUAGAAGUUUAAUUCGUGUUUUAGAGGGUGGUGUGGAAGGAAAGAAACAGGUAGAUAAAGUGAUUGAUAGGUGUGCCUCCAUGCAGAAUUUACGAGAAGCUAUAGCUACUUAUCGCAACAGUAUUUUACACCAACCAGAUGAGAUGAAGAGAGAGGCUUCACUAUCCUUUUUUGUGGAGUAUCUCGAGAGAUAUUAUUUUCUGAUAUGCUUUGCUGUGUAUCUUCACACUGAGAGAGCUGUUGCGAGUCCCAGUUUGUCUAACCAGUGUAGUUUUUCUGAUUGGAUGAAGGCACGACCGGAACUCUAUAGCAUACUGCGUAGGCUAUUGAGGAGAGACCCAAUGGGUGCAUUAGGUUAUUGUAAUGCGGAUAAAUCACUUGAUAGGAUAGCUGAAUCCACAAAUGGUCGUCCAUUUGAGAUGAGCAUUGUUGCCGCAUCGAGAAAUGGAGCAGUAUUGGGCAGCCAAACUGUAUUGAAGAGCGACCAUUGCCCCGGAUGUCAAAACAUGACUUUGCCAGAGAGGAUAGAAGGUGCCCCAAAUUUCAGGGAGGUUCCGGGAUUUUCUGUUUAUGGAGUCGCUAAUCCAACUGUUGAUGGCAUCCGAUCUGUUAUUCAGCGCAUUGGUAGCCUGAGAGGUGGUCGCCCUGUUUUUUGGCACAAUAUGAGAGAGGAACCUGUUAUCUACAUUAAUGGAAAGCCGUUUGUGCUUCGUGAAGUUGAAAGACCUUAUAAGAACAUGAUGGAGUACACUGGAAUUGAUUGUGAAAGAGUAGAAAGAAUGGAGGCUCGGCUAAAAGAAGAUAUUCUGCGCGAAUCUGAACGUUUUGGGGGUGCUAUUAUGGUUAUUCAUGAAACAGAUGAUGGCCAAAUAUUUGAUGCUUGGGAACAUGUUAAUCGUGAUUCAGUUCAGACACCACAUGAAGUUUUUAGCUGUCUGGAAGCGGAAGGGUAUCCAAUUAUGUAUGCACGUGUCCCAAUAACUGAUGGGAAGGCUCCAAAAAGUUCAGAUUUCGACACAAUUGCAAAAAAUGUUUCUUCAGCAACGAAGGACACUGUUUUUGUUUUCAAUUGCCAGAUGGGUCGAGGAAGGACAACAACUGGUACUGUUAUAGCCUGCCUUAUCAAACUAAGAAUCGAAUAUGGUAAACCUAUACGAAUCCUUGGUGAUGAGGCCAUGGGUGAAAAGGAUGAUAGUUCUUCUUGCGGUGAAGAAAGCCUGGAUGAUUCGACUGCAUCUUCUUCAAGUAUCAUUGACCAAGGAAGAGCUAGAAGAUCAGCUCGCACAUUUGGCAUUAACGACAUCUUACUACUUUGGAAGAUCACGAGAUUAUUUGAAAACGGAGUUGAAUGUCGGGAAGCAUUAGAUGCUGUUAUUGAUAGAUGUUCUGCUUUGCAGAAUAUACGUGAUGCUGUGUUACGAUACCGAGAAUUAUUCAAUCGACAACGUGUUGAGCCCCGGGUGAGAAGAGUUGCGUUAAAUCGUGGUGCUGAGUACUUAGAGCGUUAUUUCCGUUUAAUUGCCUUUUCUGCAUAUCUUGGGAGUGAAGCGUUUGAUGGAUUUUGUGGCCAAGGAGAACAUAAGACGACUUUCAAGAAUUGGUUGCAUAAAAGGCCUGAAGUUCAAGCAAUGAAAUGGAGCAUAAGAUUGAGGCCGGGACGAUUCUUUACUGUUCCAGAAGAUCUAAGGUCACCCUAUGAAACUCAGCAUGGAGAUGCAUUAAUGGAGGCAGUUAUCAAGGCUCGAAAUGGCUCAGUACUUGGGAGGGGCUCUAUAAUUAAAAUGUACUUCUUCCCCGGCCAGAAAACUUCUAGCCAUAUACAAAUACAAGGGGCACCUCAUGUUUAUAAGGUAGAUGGAUACCCUGUUUAUAGCAUGGCCACCCCUACUAUCACGGGUGCGAAAGAGAUGUUAUCUUUCUUGGCUUCUAGUGGAAUUGUGGAUGGUGGAAAAAAGGUAAUAAUAACCGAUUUGCGAGAGGAAGCCGUGGUUUAUAUACAUGGUACACCUUUUGUUCUCCGGGAACUGAACAAAGCAGUUGAUACACUGAAACAUGUUGGGAUUACUGGUCCAAUGGUGGAACAUAUGGAGGAACAACUAAAAGAGGAUAUAAUAUCGGAGGUUGCUCGGAAUGGUGGACGAAUGCUUUUGCAUCGAGAAGAGUACAGUACGACUCUACAUCAAUCUAAUGUUGUUGGAUACUGGGAAAAUAUUUAUAAGGAAGAUGUAAAAACUCCCGCAGAAGUUUACAAAGCUUUAAGGGAUGAAGGCUAUGAGGUAACAUACAGGAGAAUACCUUUGACUCGAGAAAGAGAAGCUUUGCCAUCUGAUAUUGAUGCUAUCCAGACCUGCAAGGACAAGUCUGCAGGUUGCUAUUUAUUUGUGUCACAUACAGGAUUUGGAGGAGUGGCUUAUGCUAUGGCAAUCCUUUGUGUAAGGCUAUAUGCCGAGGGAAAUGUGCAAUGUGAUGUCCCCUCAUCCGCUGUCUCAGCAUCUCCACCUUCAGGACCAGAUGACAUGUCGUGUUGGGCUUCUGAUGAAGUGGCACUCAAAUUGGGUGAUUAUCGGGAUAUACUAAGCUUAAUACGGGUUCUUGCACAAGGACCAAGAAGCAAAGCAGAUGUUGACAAUAUCAUAGACAGAUGUGCAGGAGCGGGACAUAUACGUGAGGAUAUUGUUCAUUAUACAAAGGAACUGAAGGAAGCUGGUGAUGGCAAUGAGGAGCAUCUGGCGUACCUGAUUGAUAUGGGUGUAAAGGCAUUAAGGAGGUACUUCUUUCUGAUAACGUUCAGGUCGUAUCUGUAUUGUACUUCUGCAGCUGAGACGACAUUCUCGUCAUGGAUGGAUGCUCGGCCUGAACUUGGAUAUCUCUGCAAUCACCUCAGAAUUGAUAAAUAAUCGCCGCAAUCAGUAAAUUUGUAUUCUUUUUGAUACAUAACUUUACCUUGUGAAUAACUGUACAAAGGUAUCCUCUGCGCCUCGAUUUUCCUGGCAUUACUCGUCGUAUAGACUAUAUUUAUGACCUUGUUGCUGAGGUUUUGGUCCUACAUACGAUAAAAUGUAUGUUCCUAUCAAUGGAUGUAAUGUUUAUACAACUUGAUCUAUAGAUUUCACCUUAUGAUU